AUGGACAAGGUCACUCUCCUCACAGUCUCGCGCGUGGACCGCCAGGUCGCCGUGAUGGCUCCCGUCUCCAACAUCUUGAGCCAGGCAACUCCAGCAUUCAUCCUCGACGAGCGAUUCCAGAAAGCAAUCAGCGCUUUGACGGUUACGCUCUACUUCCAAACCCGGUUCCUCGCAGCCACGACAUUGUACGCAAGCCGAAUCUUGGCUGUCCAGGCCUACUUUGCGACCACCUUUGGCGUAGCGAUGUCGAGGAAGCUCCUCGCUGGUGUCUGGGACUCUGCAGCGGUGCAGCGGCUGCGCAAAAAGAUGUUUGAGGACUUUGCCAAGUGGAUUCUGGGCAGCGGAAAUACCAUCUUUUGUGCCCUGUUCUGGCCAGGCUGGUGGGUCAUUGGCUGUGCAGUGCUGGCUGUAGCCCAGUUUGGCGGUUGA